AAAGAAGCGGGGAUUAUUAAAAUCGGAAGCGGCGGUUAAGUGACACUCUGCUGUUCUGCUACUGCUGGUUGGCGUGCGGAUGGAUUAGACGGACAAGACAAACAGGUCGUCUUGAAGUACUCAGCGCACACCUCCACCGAGAGAACCUCAACCGGUCAACGCAUUAACGGGCAACUAACACACCUGCGAGGACCCCAUCACAUGUCGCGUCUUCAAGUCGCCAAUCCAUCAACUGCACAGUACCUAUCUGUCUGCCUUAGGCAGUCACUUCAGAGAAACCAGAGAGGAUAUACCGCGGACACAAAUUACUCUCUGUAAUCUUAUACCUGGUUAUAAGACGGUUGGGUUUAUACCUGCUCUGGUUAGUCCGUAUUUGCACUUGAUUGAAUAUAGAACUGCGUACGGAUGUUUUAGAGCUGUAUCGUAGUGACACCGGUUUCGAAGGGAUUGAACUUGGUAAUUGGGACUCAGGGAUUGUGAGGUUCGUCGCGGUACUGGUUUAAUGUUACUGGUGUACUACGUGUGUUGAUUAUUUCCUGAAAGUUUAUGUUCACCGCGAAAGUUGCGAUUUGUGAGAAGCCAAGUGCCUUGAAAUGGAGUUAAACAACACGGUAGAGAAUCUGCUCGGGAUCAGAGCUGUAGUCAAUAAUGACCGUGAAGAGGACGAGAACGAAUCAAUUGUGUUUGCAAAAGCAACAGCCAUGGUCGUUCUGUUCGCCGUAAGCAUGGUAUGUGGAGUUGUGCCAUUUAAACUUGCCCAAUGGUUCAAAUGGACCGACAGCGCAUCGGAUACAAAAGCAAGUUUGGUUGUUUCGGUACUUCUGUCGUUUGGCGGAGGAGCCCUCCUUUGUACCACUUUUCAACAUUUGCUGCCGGAGAUUAACGAAACCAUUGCAGAACUAACACACGCUGGAUAUAUUGCCAAGUUAAGGUUUAGCCUAGGAGAAUUUCUGAUGUGCUCAGGUUUCUUUAUUAUUUACCUCGUCGAGGAGCUAGUGCAUGUCUAUCUGCACAGGCACGAGCGAAAAAUGAAAGAAGAAAAACUCAAUGAAUUGGAGGUUGCCGGUGGUGCUAUAAUGAGAGGAACACAUGCAAGAGAAAGUAUUAUAACGCGGAAGAAAAAUAGUGAAAUCCGUAACGGAAGCAUUUCAACAGCAGAUCUCAUCCCCAAUGAUUUAGAAAACCAAAAGCGAGGAAUCAAGACAGAAAUAUAUGGCUCCAUGAUGGUUGAUAACACACAGCAUCCCCACGAUCAUCAUGUCCAUCAUCACCUACCGCCUACAAACGUCGAUGGGAACUUAGUUUCCUCUUUACGUGGUUUACUGAUUGUUUUGGCACUAUCGGUGCAUGAACUGUUCGAGGGGCUUGCGGUUGGAUUGGAAGGAUCCGCUUCGACCGUGUGGUACAUGUUUGGUGCGGUAGCAGCACAUAAAUUUGUGAUAGCCUUCUGUGUCGGAGUGGAAUUGAUUGUUGCACAAACAAUGUUCUGGCUUGCCAUCGGUUACAUUUUCAUCUACUCUGUGGUUAGUCCACUCGGUAUCGGAAUCGGCAUCUUACUGAGCAACGGAACCAACGCCGAUGACAUGCAAGUUGUGUCCGUUAUUCUACAAGGGCUUGCCUCUGGAACCUUGCUAUAUGUGAUUUUCUUCGAAGUGCUUUCCAAAGACCGGUCCGGCCUGUGGCAGUAUCUGGCGGUGCUCAUCGGUUUCUUCUUUAUGUUUGGAAUCAUGUUCCUAACUGCCCACGGCCAUAGCCACAAUCACGGUUUGUCGGGUGGAAGUGACGACCAUGAUCAUGAUCAUGAUCACGAUCAUGAUCAUGAUUAGUAGAGCUGCUUCGUAUUUGAAUGUCGAUUCAACAUAGAUGGAAGCAGCAGGAGUUUAAUGUAGCGGAAAUUCGGAUGAAUACCGAUACAACAAUCUUUGACACAAGUUAUAACAGUAUUGUAUAGUAUGUGCCGAUGUCAGAUAAACUGCAGCUGUGAUAGAGAACAAAUAAAAUAAAAUAUAUACAUACAUUCAACAAAUAAACAAGUAGAAGCUUCUUAUAAUUUUAAUAGAUUUUAAAAUUAUGGACUAGAUAGCAUAUAUCAAUACAACAGACAAUUCCGGUAUCAGGAAUGUGAAAGUAUUGCUAGUUGAACCAGUAGUAAGCUUGGAAGCGAUCUUCAUUAUAACAAGACUUGAUUCGUAUUUUAAUUUGUAAUAGCAAUUACUAAGUAGAUUAGAAAUAGGCUAAAAUUUUAUAAACAAGUAAAGUUAUCAAUGUCAAUUA